AUGCAUCUCUUCAGAUAUAACCCUGUCACUGACCGGUGGAUGUCUGACGUCGCUCCCUGUUCCACUGGUCGAUUUUGGCUGGAUGUAGCCGCUCUUGGCGACCAUCUUUAUGCUAUUGGCGGCCUCAAGGAAUUUAAAGGCCGAGCCCUCGACGUUGUUGAGUGGUUCGACCCACGAGUCGGUAGAUGGGAAAAGGUUUGUCCGAUGACAACCCCUCGAGAGGGUCAUGGUUCUGCAGUGCUCUAUGGCGAAUUGUAUGCAGUAGGUGGAUACAACAAAUAUUCACACACGCUGAGCUCUGCUGAGAAGUACGAUCCCCGAGCUAAUAAGUGGAUCUCAGUGGCUGAUAUGAGCUGUAGGCGAAAUGGUGUAAGGCAGCUUCAUUCCCUUAUACUCUCGUGA